AUGGCCGUGCGGACAUUCUUCGAAACUGUCACAAUAGACCAGUUCCGGUAUGCUUAUUCCCCUGGUACCUCCGCUCGGCUUCUCGAAGCAUGGGCACGUCGCACACACACGACCUUAAACACCGUCAAGCUGCCUGACGGGACCACCGCGUUCUGGCUAGGCAAUCCAGACGCCGAGCGACUGCUCCUCCAUUUGCCAGGCGGCGCAUACUGCUUCCCUGCCUCGCCCUCCCACAUCGACUAUUCAACCUCUAUCCUCAAGCAUCUGGGACAAGCGGGGAUAGAUGCCGGCAUGCUCUUCCUCCCUUAUGAGCUCACCCCAACCGCGCAAUAUCCUCAUCAGAUGAAGCAGGCCGUCGCGCUCCUCCAAUAUGUCAUCGAGGAUCUGGGAAAGCGGCCGUCCGACAUUGUGCUGCUGGGUGAUUCUGCGGGCGCACAUCUCAUCUUGUCUGUCCUAUCUCAUCUUGCGCAUCCCCAUCCUCACAUUCCUCUUCUACUCUUGCGUGAGGAACUUGCCGGGGCAUUGUUGCUUUCACCGUGGAUGGGCGAGUCUCGGACCGACUAUGACAGUUGCCGGAGAAACGCGUCGCGGGAUCUUGUCUCACCAGGGCUAUUGACUUACUGGGCAGAUAUGUUUCUUGGAGAUGCUGAAUUCGAUAGCUAUAACCGGCCUGCGGGUGCGCCUGAAGGCUGGUGGCGGGAUUUGCCUGUGGAGGAGAUUUUCAUCGGGGUGGGAGGAUAUGAAGUGUUGUAUGAUUCGAUUAUAAAGACUGCUAGGAAGAUCAAGGCAGAACAUACGAGAGUCACCAUUAGUAUUGCCCAUCGUGAAUUCCAUUGCGAGGCCCUUUCACCAUUCAACCCAGGAGUGGCUUCGCCGGAUCAGUAUAGAGCGUUGCUGGCAUGGUUGAAGGGUACCUUGUGCAAGUGA